AUGGUUCCCUUCCCCAUCAAUGAUGCCGAUAAUGAUAAGAUUGAGGGAGGAUACACCUGCCAGAAAAAUUCAUUCUUAUAUCAAGUCUCGCUAAAUGAUAAUGGCCACAUCUGUGGGGGUUCCCUAAUCAACAACCAGUGGGUUGUGUCAGCUGCCUCCUGCUACAAAUUACAAUUCCAAGUGAGACUUGCGGGAAAUGAUUGGUCCUUAAAUGAUGGCUCUGAGCAAUACAUAAAUUCAGCCAAAAUCAUACCUCACCCCAGUUUCAACUCCAAGUCCUUUGACAAUGACAUAAUGCUGAUCAAGCUGUCUACACCAGCAGUCACCCUUAACAACCAGGUCACAUCCGUCUCUCUACCCACCAGCUGUGUCACAGCUGGGACAGAGUGUCUCAUCUUUGGUUGGAGAAGAAACCUCGGCAGUUAUACCUACUGGCAGACUCCUCAGGGUGAUAGUGGUUAUCCUGUAGUCUGCAAUGGGAAGCUCCAGGGUUUUUUCUCCUGGAGCACUUUGCACUUUAAUGAGGGCUCUCCUGGAGUCUAUACCAAGAUUUGCAACUACAUCUCAUGGAUUGAACGCACCAUACGGUUCAACUGA